UUUAUUUAGAAACAAGCGCCUACAAAAACAAUACCGGCAACGACAGAGUAUCAUACAAAUAACAUAACCCCUUGAAAGUUGAAACGUACAAUAACAUCGCCAGUGCUCGUAAUUAAUUACAUGAAUGAACGUAAAAAUGUUGUUUAUAUUCACGCUACACGUGUUUGUUAGUGUUAUUGUCGAGUGCUACCUUCACACGAGUAAGUUUAAGUGCGAGUUUUAUCGGUGUAUUUAAUUAAAAUACUAACAAGAAAACUCCUUGAAUAAAUUAUUUAUUAAAAUUUAUAUGAUAACAGAUCGUUGCGCAUUAAUCUAUGUUUGUGGGCCGGUAGGGAGCGUUGACGUCCGUUAUCAAUAAGUGCGAAUAUUGUGAUAAGUGGGAUUUCAUUCAAACCUACAAAUCAGCGGGCAUUAGUAAUGGUAAUUUUGCAAGUAAUAUAACUGUGUUAAUAUUAAUUGACUUCAUUGUAGUGUUGUUUGGAUAACUGGAGUGGUAUUUGUGAUUCCUGAGCAAUUAAGGUAUUUGAAUAUUGUGAAUUUAAUUUAUUAUCUUAUAUCUAAGUCAUAAUUCUAUUUUAAAAGGCCCGGUAAAAAAAAAAGUAACUGUCUGUAUAUUACCUCUUCACGCUUAAACCGCUGAACCGAUUUAGAUAAAAUAUAUAUACAUAGAAAAAAAACCCACGAAGCAAGAAAAAAUAUCCGUGCUCAUCACACAAAUAAAUGCCCUUGUCUGGAUUUGAACCCAGAAUCGUCGGCUUUAUAGGCAGGGUCACUACCCAUUAGGCCAGAACGGUCGUCAAAAGGAUAGUUUUAAUCAAAAAUCAUCAUACCACGCAGACCAAGUUGCGGGCAGAAGUUAGUAGCUUACAAGUUUAUAGAUCGUGUCAUUGACGAUAACGCGUGCCUGGAUUCGUAUUAUCAUAAUAUUAAAGGCUAGAUUUGACAAAUCUGUGCAUCAUCGUGGAUGACACAAACUAUACUUUUAUCUACUUAUCAUACUAAACCCAAAAUAGGGCGGUCAGUUACCUCACAUUGCUGGCACAACUUUCCAAUCGGUGCAACUAAUAUUUCGAAUACUAUCUACUUACUGAUAAAUAUCAAACAGAUAUUUAAACAACAAUACUUCUAAGAAACAAUCUGCGGGAAGAUAGAGUUGUAUACGCAACAUUUAAGCACGCGUAAAUAUUUAUAUUAUACAAUACUGGCUCUUAAAAAUAUAUUUUGUCAUCACCGUUAUAUGUAAAUGCGCAAAUCGUGAUCAGUCUCUCGCGCGCACCCGGACGGUCCUAACAUCACUGUCACUUUAAUAAGAAAACAAAAGAAAAUGUGAAAAUUAUACACCAGCGAAGUACGUGGCAUUACUAGGACAUCUCGCGAGGAAAUCCUGUCAACAUGUCUCGGACGUUUACCAUAGAGCCGGUGGAGCAGGGAGACGUGGAGGAUAUCAUGAAACUUCUCAAAAAGACGUUCUACAUGGACGAGCCACUCAACUCAGCAGUGGGCCUCAUUGCCUCAGAAAACGAGACAUGCUCAGAGCUGGACGAGUAUUGCAGCCACUCGCUUAUGGAAGGUCUGUCCUUCAAGGCAGUGGACGCUGAGCACAACAUAGUGGGAGUUAUGAUCACUGGUGUGUUACCUUUAAAAGAGGAAGACAACGGCAACGAUCUACUUAGCCAAGCGCAGCGCUGCAAGAACCCUAAAUUCAAGAAGAUUCUGUACAUCUUGGCACAAAGAGAGAAGGGAGCCAAGCUCUGGGAGAAGUUCCCUGAGGAGCAGAGGCUGGUCGAAGUCAAAGUGGCAGCCACUGACCCAGGGUGGAGACGGCUUGGUAUCAUGAACGACUUGCUUAAUACAACUGAACAAGCCACAGCACAAAGAAACAUCAGACUAAUACGAAUGGACACGUCCAGUGCCUACUCGGCCAAGUCAGCUGAGAGAUUCGGCUUUACCUGUGUGUACAAGGCUUUAUACACUGACAUCAAGAUGGACGGACGGCCGAUAAUCGUGCCGGAGCCUCCGCAUGUGGAGGACAGAGUUUACGUAAAAAAAUUGUUUGACUGAUUGUGUUUUGUGCCGGCGAUACGCUUGGACGUUUGACUAAAUAAUCGUGAUGCUGACGCAUCUCUAUUAAGGUCAUGUUGGGUAAGAGAAACAGUUUAUUUUGCUCGGGGCAGGAGAAACAAUAUGAGAAUUCCCAACAAGUGCUUCUCUUACCCUAUCCAACACAUAAAACAAAGAAGAAAAGACAUUAUGCUCAAAAACUCAAGCUGAAAGGUCUAAUCCUGCCUGAGGCAGGUUAUUUUUAUUUUAUUCCAUUAUUAUCAUAUUGUAGUUUCGUUAGCAGAUAGAUAUCAAAAUUAACCUUGUCAUAAUGUCGCCGAGAAAUCAGUCGGAAUUAGAGACCUGCUGCAAAUAUUAAGGAAAGAUUUAAGUAUAGUUUAAUGUACUUAAUAGUCGUUAAAUCCCUAAUGUUAAGGAUAGUUAUAGGAAUUUACUAAAAACAAAAAUUAUAUGUGAAACAUCGCAAUUAAUGUUAUAUAUUUUUAUUUUAAAAAAUGUGUCUCUUAUUUAUUUUCAACUCCCGUAAAUUGUCAGACACUUACAUUUUAGAUUUUAAAUAAUUCAAUGAGAAAAAUAAACAAUAUAUUCUC